AUGCCCCACAUCCAACGCCUAAUCUUCUACGAACUACAGCAACCCAACAACACCACCAUCCAUUUCGUAAACACUCUUCUUCCAAAGCUCAAGCACUCCCUUUCUCUCACCCUCCAUCUCUUCUAUCCUCUCGCCGGCAAUCUGACCUACACAUCAGAAACGGGGGAACCGGAGAUCCGCUACAUUGACGGCGAUUCAAUCUCAUUGACUGUUGCAGAAUCCAAUGCGGACUUCCACCACCUCGUGGAAAACUACCCAAAAGACAUAACGGAAUUCCAUCCUCUCAUCCCUCAGUUAGACCUACCUUCCUUACUAUCCCUGCAAGUCACCAUCUUCCCGAAUUCCGGCAUCUCCAUCGGAUAUAGCGUGGCCCACGUCGCAGCUGAUGGCUCCACCUUAGCCCACUUCAUGAAAUCCUAG